UAACUCCACCCCGAAAAAGAAGAACUUUUCUGACCUGCUGGAGGAGAGGCAGAUCCUGACACCAUGGGGCCUGUCAGCUACUCAUCAGAGACCUACGACUUGAGCCAGGUGGAGCUGAGCGGUUACUACGAGGCUGAGAACAGCACUCCUUCUUUGGAAGGCUACUUUUGCUUCAAUCCGGCCUCAUCUGUGGUUGGCAACCAGAGAGACCCCUUCAGGAAGGUCUUCAUACCGCUCGCCUAUCUGCUUAUGUUCGUGUUGGGAACUGUGGGCAAUGCCCUGGUCCUUGUCAUUUUAGAGAGGUUCAAACGCUCUCGAACAACCACGGAAAACUUCCUCUUCCACCUCACCCUGGCCAACCUGGCACUGCUGCUCACCUUCCCCUUCAGCGUGGUUGAAAGCCUGGCUGGGUGGGUAUUUGGGACUUUCCUCUGCAAGAUCCUCAGUGCGGUCCACAAGAUCAAUUUCUACUGCAGUAGCAUGCUGCUGGGCUGCAUUGCGGUGGACCGCUACUUGGCCAUCGUGUACGCAAUCCACACCUACCGCAAGCGCAGAGCUCGCUCCAUCCACCUCACCUGCACGGCCAUCUGGCUCUCCUCCCUGCUCCUGACCUUACCCGAUCUCAUCUUCAUGGAAGUCUGGACAGAUGAGAGCAACCGCAGCAUUUGCUAUUUUCCGGAGGCUGGGAUUCAUGGCAACAACGUGUGGCUGGCAACUCGCUUCCUGUACCACAGCGUGGGUUUCUUCAUGCCCCUGCUGGUCAUGUGUUACUGCUACAUGGCCAUCGUCCGCACUCUGUGUCAUUCCCAGCGCCUGCAAAGGCAGAAAGCUGUCCGUGUAGCCAUCCUGGUCACCGGUGUGUUCCUGCUCUGCUGGAGCCCGUACCACAUCGUCAUCUUUCUGAACACCCUUACCAAGCUAGAAGCCUUCACCAAGAACUGCCUGCUGGAGGAUCAGCUGGACACCGCCAUCAUGGUGACGGAGGCCAUCGGCUUCACGCACUGCUGCCUCAACCCCAUCAUUUAUGCCUUUAUAGGAGUCAAGUUCCGUAAUGACUUCUUCCGUAUCCUGCACGAGCUGGGCUGCAUGAGCCAGGAGACCCUACAAGAGAUCCUAGAGGUGACAAGGAAGGGCUGCGGAAUCGAGUCUGACAACACCACCUCCAUCUCCACUUUCUAACUCAGAAAGGUUGCUGCAGGACCGAAAUGGCCUGCCCAGUCGCGUACGUGCUGUGUCCCAGUCCUAACUUUUACAAGUGUCCCCACCACUCUCUUCAUUCCUUGGGAAAACGAGGUCUGAUAGCCACCUAACACCCAAAUCCCACUGCAUCGCUUCUGUGGUUCCUUCUGGUUACAUAUGUACCAAAAUCUGUCUGGCAGCUGUUGGCAAAUGCCGACUGUCCGAUUGUCACUCUGGCAGGGAUGGAGGAACGAAAGCUGGUUGAGCCUGUUGUUGCCACAUCUCCAUCACCAAACUGACUGCAGGAGUCCUGUGCACAGAGCCAGAUGCAAGACUGAGUCACGGGGCAGGGGGGGGAGGGCAGGAAAAACGCACAGCCAAGUGGAAGUGGAGCUGCAUCAGUGAGUGAGGGCUGAGGAGAGGACAAAGCAGGUUCCCAUCUCACCUGCUCACGUCACUGAAGACAUGCCCAAAGGAAGCAGUGGGGGACAAUUGCUAUGGUAGCUAGAGCAAGAGAUGCGGGUAAGACCAUCAGGGUACCCAGAGCUCAUCCCAGUGACAAAGGCCACACAAUCUGUGGAUGGAAUAUUGCUCCUCCUGCUGCAUGACGUCCUGCCAUCCAGUCACAGCACAGCUCACCCCAGGAGGCCUUGGACUCGAGUUUGACUGCUGCAAAUUCCUCUCCUGACAUCAGCCACAUCCUUCCCUGUUCACUUGAUUUGUUCACAGCGACAGCGAGCGACUUGCUGAAGCAAAUGCCUGAGUAUGCAAAAGCUGUCUUUUAAAGAUGACUGUCUGAACAGAUGGUUCAGUCUUGUGACUGAGCACGGAGAAAAUGAACCACACAUCUUUGUGAGGCUGAAGGUGUAACCUUUUUUUUUUUCCCCUUUUUCCUUUUGCAGCUCCUUGUACAUUGCUUUGUGCAUUCUGCCCCACAGUAUGGCAAAACAUAGGAGACGACCUAA